AUGCCGACCCCCGAAUCCGACCUCUUCAAGGCCUCGAAGCCUACAGUUCCAUCCACCUUCGACGGCGUUGACUACGAUGACAACAAAGCUCUCAAGGCAGCACAGGACAGCAUCAUCCGCGAACAAUGGGUACAGAGCAUGAUGGCGAGGUUAAUACGAGAGGAGAUGGGAAAAUGCUACUAUCAGCAUGGCGUGAAUCAUUUGGAGAAGUGUGGGCACUUGCGAGAGAGGUAUUUGCAACAAUUGGGCAAGGCGAAGAUUCGGGGUUACCUGUUUGAUCAGCAGAACUAUGUCUCACAGAAGUAG